UAAUGGAGCUAUCAGAAUUGAUCGAAGUAACCCGAGUACGCGACGCAUUCAUGCGAAAAGGCCCGAGACCGGCGCAAGUUGGAGAUAUCUGCAUUUUCGGUCAUCAUCUGAUCUUCGCACCAACUACAGUCGGCAAAGAAGUUCCAGACAAUGCAGAAGAGUUCUGGCUUCUGCAUAAAGCCGUCGAUCGAGUACUUUGUGAGCCAAUUUCCAAGGAAAAUCCACAGAGAGGAGGGCUUCUGGCGCUGAAAUGCAAAAAUUUCCUAUUGAUUAUUUUCGAAAUUGGAGAUUUGGAAAUUUGCAGAGCAACGGCGAGAACAAUUGAAUCUUUGUCGAAUAUUAACGGCUUCCUCCACGACUACGCAUUCUUCUACAACUCCCCAUUCACAAUUCUCGACGAUGGCUGGAGCGCAUUCGAUCUGGAGCAAGAGUUCGCAAGGCUUAUGCUCUCCACAGAUGCGUUUCGAAUUUCCAGUGUUAACGAGAAUUUUGCGAUUUGUCCGACUUACCCGGAAAAACUGAUUGUUCCAAAAGGAAUCGGAGAUGAUUAUUUGAAAAUCUCGGCCACAUUCCGUGAAGGUGGCCGAUUUCCGGUGCUCAGCUAUUUUCAUAAAGAGACCAAAUCGCCGUUGGUCAGAUGCUCUCAGCCAUUGAUUGGGCCGACGAAUCGACGGUGUCGCGAAGAUGAGACGAUCCUGAACUCGAUGAUUACGGUUAAUAGAGGAUAUAUUAUUGAUACUAGGAGUAAAUCAUCGGCUACUGCGGCGAAGGCUAAAGGUGGAGGUGCCGAGCCGCAAGGCAAUUAUAGGCAGUGGAGAUAUAUUCAGUGCCCAAUCCCCCGCCAGCGAGAAAUUCACGAUGCUCUAACACGAAUGGUCGACGUGUGCUCCGAACGAAAAGUGACAUCGGAUCGAUGGGUCAGCCGAGUUGGACAAGCUGGAUGGUUAUCCUCUGUGGCCGCAUCGCUAGAAGCCGCUGCAAAUGUUGCUCAAUGUAUCUAUAAUGAGAGGCUCGAAGAGGUUCCGGUGGUGAUUCACGGUGGAGAUGGACUCGAUUCGACUCUGAUUGCUUCAUCGUUGGCGCAGAUUUUGCUGGAUGCAGAUGCGAGGACGAUCCGAGGAUUCGAAUCAGUAAUCGAGCGAGAAUGGAUCUGCGGCGGACACCCGUUCAGUCUCCGUAACAACCAUUGCGCCUACGCAGAGGGUACUGUAACCGGCCCCUUUGAGUCGCCCGUCUUCCUCGUCUUCCUCGACGCCGUCCAUCAAAUGAUCGCCCAAUAUCCAAUGUCAUUCGAGUUCGACGAGAAUUUUCUCAUCUUUUUGUUCGAGCACGCCUACGCAUCGGAAUUUGGAAGCUUUUUGGGAAAUUGUGAAAAGGAGAAGAAGGAUAACGGAAUCCGAAAAAAGACUGUCUCACUGUGGUCUCAUGUUCACCACCCGGAAAAUAUGAAACAAUUUGUGAAUGUUUGUUACGAUCCGACGCCCGGCGUUAUUUGGCCCAGUAUUGCGCCACAGUGUAUUAAAAUCUGGGAUCGCCUCUUCUUCCGCUGGCAGCGCCCCGACAACAGUUGGUCGACACCCGAAACCGAAACCAUUCAAAGUUUGGCCGAUCAUUGGAAGCUCCGCGAGAAGGAGCUCAUCGCAAAAGCAUCAUCGCUCCGUCGAAGUGUCGUCGAACUUUCGAGAGAACUUCGCGUUUUGUCGCCAAUGUAGUAGUGGAUCUCUUGUUGCAAAUAUUGAAAUUCCCAGUAAAUUGUAGUUGUUCCUCCUGUGUGCAUAAUUUAUUUAUACUAACGCUUUCCACCACUUGUACUGAAAAUUUGAAAAAAUAUGAAAAUUUCUAUG